AUGGUAUCAUCAGAGCUCCACAUGAUUUGUGGAGCCGAUUUGAACAAGACAGAAGGUGCGAACCAAGAAAGUUCACUACUGACAAAGAGAAAGACCGAUGUAAGGGAAAUCAAGGCUAUAGUUCAGGGAACCAAAAUGAACAAGAGGAAUCAGUCAUCGAAGCUAGAAAAAUUCAUUAAACCAAUCUUAAGAAAAAAUAUCAUAAAAAUAGCUAUCACCAUGAGAACUUCAGUGGCAUUUGUUUUUACUAUCUUUUUCAUCAUAUCUUUUGUUCAUAGUCUUACGACAACACAAGGUUAUGGAAUGUUGUUUGAUUCCGUGAGUUGCGAGGGAGGAUUUGAAUAUAGUCCAACUCCUCCUGAUGAGAACGUCAAGUGCACUGCCUUUUGUAAAACCUUGCCAAACAAAUAUGAAUUUGGCGUAUGUAUUCAGCAAGGAUGUUGCUGUCAUAAAAAUGUUUAAAAAUAAAUAUCUCCAAGAUGAAUUAAUCUAAUCAAAUGUAUUGGUACUUGCUUCAGUAAAAACAUCAAUAGUUUCAAGA